AUGGAAGCCUUCAAACUCACACUCCCGAACGGCAAGACCGUCUCCGGGCUCCACAGCAUCCCGUCAUCCACGGCAUCCAACCUGCUCCGCCCGGCAUACCCUCCCCUCAUCGUCGGCCUCCACGGCGGCACUUACUCCGGCGCCUACUUCGACGUCGACGACACCUAUACCGCCCGCCACACCAGCGCCGCUCUUGGCGUGCCCUUCAUCGCCCUCGACCGCCCGGGGUACAACGACACCACCCCCAUCGGCGACGACAUCCCCGCAUCCUCUUCAUUCUAUGAAGAAUGGGGCACCACCCUCCACCGGAACAUCCUCCCGGCGCUCUGGGACAAAUUCGCCGUGCCGAACGGGUGCACCGCCAUCGCGCUCCACUGUCACUCUCUCGGCGCACCAGGGGCGUGCGUCGCAGCAGCACUAUGGUCAGAAGAAACGUCCCCCGUGUACCCGCUCGGGGCGGUAACCAUCUCAGGAUUCGGCAACGCGGUCAAAAACAGUCGCACGGGGGACUUUACGCCGGCAGAUGACCCCCCGCCGUCACACGUGUACUUCCCGCACGCAACAAAGGACGCGCUCAUGUUCCCGCCCGGCACGGCGGACACUGCGAUGCUGACGCACACGGCGCGCCUGGACCGCCCGAUGCCGUACCGCGAGAUGGCGGACCUGCGCGGGAAGUGGCUCGCCCACUGGGAAGAGAAGUUUGCGGGGCGGAUCACGGUGCCGGUGUUGAUUGGGCUUGCGGGGAGGGAUGGGCUGUGGUUGUCGAAGGAGGAGGAUGUGAGGGAGUAUACUGCGGCGUUUAGGGGGAGUCGGAGGGUGGAGGGGAGCGUCAUUCCUGGGGCGCCGCAUAAUAUUGAGAUGAGUUAUUGGUCUCAGGGGUGGUAUGCGCGGGUGUUUGGGUUUGCUAUGGAGGGGGCGGCGUCUUUGGCGAUUGGAGAUGGUGAUGGUGAGGGUAUUGAGGCUGGAGGACAUUGA